AGUGUUCUGAAACUCAGUGUUCCGUAAACUCAGUGUUCUGUAACCUCAGUGUUCUGUAACAUCAGUGUUCUGAAACUCAGUGUUCUGUAAACUCAGUGUUCUGUAACCUCACUUCGGUCUUCUUGUAAACGGUGUGAUAUUUUCCAGCAAUCCUUGAUCAUUUUUUGAAGAAAAUGGAGUCAGAAAAUCGGACACUGAGCGGAAGUGGGGCAGAACAGGGCAGCCAGCAGCACACAGGGGGGGCAAACGUGGUUCAAGAGACCAAAGACACCAAGACAAUGAAUGAAGAACCUUCAUUUGCACCGCUGAGACGCUACUUUACUGUUGUAAUUGGAAAAACACCAGGAAUUCAUCAUCAUACCAUACAGAAGAAGCUUCAUGAAGAAUUACAUGAUCUGCAGGAGGUGGAAACAAUAGAGGACUGUAAUUUUCUUUUGGUUUUCUGCACUGGACCUACCAUCGAAACAGCACGUAAAAUGCUCCCCUACCCACCAGACACCAAACCUGCCGUAAUCGUGGUGUUAAAACCUGAUUCAGAGCCUUCGGUAUCAGACAGCAGCGAAGUUAUGGAUAGAAAGAAUACAAUCACAGUUAAGUGGCUGUUUCAGAAGGAUCAGUCCCUUGACAAUACUGAAGCACUUACCAGAGUUCUAAACUGGCUUAUGGAAAAACUUUUUCCAGAGGGUUCGGCUGAUAGUGUGAAGUGUGAUUCUUCCUCACAGGUUGAUGCCAAAAAACAAAAAUCAAUUCCACAAAGUGGGGCAGCACAAGGCAGCCAGCAGCAGACAAAGGGGGCAAACGUGCCCGAAGCCACCGAGACAAUGGAUGAAGAACCUUCAUUUGCACCGCUGAGGCGCUACUUUACUGUUGUAAUUGGAAAAACACCAGGAAUUCAUCAUCAUACCAUACAGAAGAAGCUUCAUGAAGAAUUACAUGAUCUGCAGGAGGUGGAAACAAUAGAGGACUGUAAUUUUCUUUUGGUUUUCUGCACUGGACCUACCAUCGAAACAGCACGUAAAAUGCUCCCCUACCCACCAGACACCAAACCUGCAGUAAUCGUGGUGUUAAAACCUGAUUCAGAGCCUUCUGUAUCAGACAGCAGCGAAGUUAUGGAUAGAAAGAAUACAAUCACAGUUAAGUGGCUGUUUCAGAAGGAUCAGUCCCUUGACAAUACUGAAGCACUUACCAGAGUUCUAAACUGGCUUAUGGAAAAACGUUUUCCAGAGGGUUUGGCUGAUAGUGUGAAGUGUGAUUCUUCCUCACAGGUUGAUGCCAAAAAACAAAAAUCAAUUCCACGGACUGACACCACCAACACCCAAAUCACCAACACCCAAACCACCAACACCCAAAUCACCAACACCCAAAUCACCAACACUCAAACCGCUGAAAUCAAGACCAGUCAUAUAAUUAAAUUUUUCACCUGCCUCUCUGGAAACACUCUGAACACUCACAUGGAUUUUCUGAGAAGGCUUCAUAAUCGAAUACUAGGACUGACAGAGGUGGACACUGUGGAUAAAAGUGACGUUAUUCUGGUUUUCUGCCCCAUCGUUUCACGAGCUGGAACUGACAUCAGUGCAGCGAUGGGACGCCUCACUAGUUUAUCUGACACCAAACCUGCAGUAAUCGUGGUGUUAAAACCUGAUUCAGAGCAUUCUGUAUCAGGCAGCCGCAAAGUUAAGGAUAGAAAGAAUACAAUCACAGUUGAGUGUGUGUUUCAGAAGGAUCUGGGACUCCUGGAGUCCCCUUACAAUGAUCAAGCACUUACCAGAGUUCUAAACUGGCUUAUGGGAGAACGUUCACCAGAGGGUUCGGCUGAUAGUGCUAAAUCUCGGGUUGAUGCCAAAAUACCAAAACCAAUUCCACCUGUAAUCAGGACCAGUCGUAAAAUCAAAUUUUUCACCUGCCUCUCUGGAAACACUCUGAACGCCCACAAGGAUUUUCUGAUGAGGCUUCAUGAUCGAAUACCAGGACUGACAGAGGUGCACACUGAGGAUAAAAGUGACGUUAUUCUGGUUUUCUGCCCCAUCGUUUCACGAGCUGGAACUGACAUCAGUGCAGCGAUGGGACGCCUCACUAGUUUAUCUGUCACCAAGCCUGCAGUUCUAGUUGUGCUUUAUCACACAUUCGAUCCCGAGUUUGUUUUAACAGAUAACAGCAACUGGUUGACCAGAGGAAACAUGAUUUGUGUUAACUGUCUGUUUUAUGAACAAAAUGGAUUACUGUCAUGCUUUCGAAAUGAAGUUGCACUGAACACUGUUGCAAACUUCCUUUAUCCUGAGGGAUUGACACUACCAACACCCAAACUACCAACACCCAAAUCACCAACACCCAAACCACCAACACCCAAACUGGAUGUUGAUGUGCCAGAAGGUGAAAUGGAUGUUGAUACACCAGAAAGUAAAUCGAAAUGGUUAUCGUGGCUUCCAUCAAAUCCAUGUAUGUUACCCAAAUCAAAGACAAAAAUAAAGUUUUUCACGUGUGUUACUGGAAAACCGCUGAAAGUCCACAAUGAGUUUGUACAAGAUCUCCAGAAACAAAUAUCAGACCUGCAGGAGGUGAAAACAGUGGACGAGUGUGAUUUCAUUCUGGGUUUCUGCACCGUUGUUUCAACGGCUGAAAUUGACAUCAAAGCAGCCCUGAAACAGCUCAUGGUAGUAUCAGACUCCAAACCUGCAGUUCUUGUAGUGCUUCAUCACACCUUUGAUCCAGAAUGCAACAUACAAGAUGGCAAAAGAUAUGUGGACAGAGUAUAUACGAUCACCGCUGGUUUUCUGUUCUAUGAGGAUCAAGGAUUACUGAAGUGCAAAAAGAAUCUUGAGGCUUUCAGCAAAAUUUCACAGUGGAUUGAGUCUCAGAAUGCUAAGAAAAGAAAAAAAAUCAACUAAUUAUUCAUUGUAGCCCCUUGAUCUUUUUAGGCCCCGUUGACGUCUUUUACAAAGGAUUUUUUGUUGGGUUUAUUUUUGUUUUUGUUAUGUUUAAUUGCUUGUAUACCCAGGUUAGUGUGGGUGUGGCUGAAAAACUCGGACUCAGUAAUUACUUUUAACAAUAUAGUGUAAAAUUGUGCAUACUGUAGUAUCAUAGUGUUAUCACAAACCCAUCACUGGCUAUAAAUGUGUAAAGAAAAUGUGUGUGUGAAAUCUUUCUGUUUAUGAUGACGAUUAAAUGUGAUUUUUUAUGACAAGGGUAGGAAAACAUUUUAAAUAUUAAAAGACUAGCAAUUAUAUGAUGGUGAGGUCUCGGUCUGCUUGCAUGUUGUUUCAAUGUGAUUAUAUACUGCAUGUGAAAUAUAAGAGAAAUAAAACAGUCAUGUGUAGGACUGAGACAGUUAAAACACAGUAUAUCUUAUCCAUAUCAAGCUGUAUUAACAUUUAUAUAUACUAAAUAAUUUUCCAAUGUCUUUAUUCUGCUGUAAUGAAUGCUUGGUUAAUGUAUGUGUACGACUUGAGGGGUAGUGAUUAAAACAUUUAAUAUAAA